AUUCAUGUCGCGAUCCAAUUUCUCUUUUCAACAAGAAGCGGAAAGCAACUAACAGAGAAAGAAGUCUCUUCAUGGUCUCCACAGCUUUUAAAUGCUACUCUCUCUCUCUCUCUCUCUCUCUCUCUCUCUCUGUAAACCCUAACAAACCCUUCAAUGAAGGAGCAUGACGAAGAAGGCUCAAUUAAUACCGGUGCGUCACGCUAUCUGGCUGGGUUGGAAGCUCGUGAUUGCCCUCUCCAUCGCGCUUUGCUUCUUCGCGCUCUUCAGGCUCCAUUUCCAGUCUGAUAUCUCUUCAGCUUCCUACGCUGCGUUAUCUCGCGCGAGAUAUCGUCUUCCUCGUUUUAACUUCACCGGUCGUCCCAAGGUCGCAUUUCUAUUUCUCGCACGCCGUAAUCUGCCUCUAGAUUUUCUCUGGGGCAGCUUCUUCGAGAAUGCUGCUGACAUGGCGAAUUUCUCGAUAUAUAUACAUUCGGCGCCUGGCUAUGUGUUUGAUGAAAAUACUUCUCGGUCGCAUUUCUUCUACCAUCGGCAAUUGAAGAAUAGUAUUCAGGUUUCUUGGGGUGAGUCAAGUAUGAUUGAGGCAGAGAGGCUAUUACUUGCAACUGCCUUAGACGAUCCAGCAAAUCAAAGAUUUGUCCUUCUUUCUGACAGCUGUAUUCCCCUGUACAAUUUUAGCUAUAUAUACAACUAUCUGAUGGCUUCUCCAAGGAGUUUUGUGGACAGCUUUCUUGAUGCAAAGGAAGGUCGUUACAACCCAAAAAUGUCACCUGUCAUUCCAAAGGCAAAAUGGCGAAAGGGAUCCCAGUGGAUCUCUUUAAUCAGAAGCCAUGCAGAAGUAAUUGUAGAUGAUGAGGUCAUCUUUUCAGUUUUUAAGAAAUUUUGCAAGCGUCGCCCUCCUUUAGAUGCUAGCAAGGGAAAACUCAAUGACAAACUUCAACAGCAACACAACUGUAUCCCUGAUGAGCAUUACGUGGCAACAUUGCUUGCAAUGAAUGAGCUUGAAGUUGAGCUUGAACGGAGAACACUGACUUAUACUGAAUGGAACCUGUCUGCCACGAAAAUGGAAAAUAAAGGAUGGCAUCCUAUAACAUUCACAUAUGCAACAGCAGGCCCUCAAAAAAUCAACCAAAUAAAGGCUAUCAACCAUGUAUACUAUGAGACUGAAUACCGGACAGAAUGGUGUCGUUCAAAUUCUACAUAUGCUCCCUGCUUUUUAUUUGCAAGGAAGUUCUCUGGUGGAGCUGCAAUGCGUCUUUUGAGCCAGGGGGUGGUUGGACAAUCUCGUCCAUCUUCACUACUGGAUCCACCAGCGUAAUUCUACAAUCUGAUCAAGAUUUCUUGCAGCCUUAUUAACCAUCACUAACUUAUUUCAACAGGAUCUGGGCAGCAAGCGAAGUGCCCACUAAAGCUUUACAGAUAUACUAUACUUGGAUAAACACGCUAGGUUAAUACUAAAGCAGAAUUCUUGACAGAGAGCGGCUGUUCAACAAUUUGUCAGAGAUGAGUUUGAGAUUAGAGAUAUUGCAGGGUUUUUAAUCUGCCAGCACUGCCUGCAAGAGGAAGCUUCUUGAUAGAUACUUUGUAGAAUUAGAGAUGUACCAUUGAUUUACAUACUGCUGAUUAGUCAGGAAAACUUUGUAUUAUUAUAUGUUUAUAUUGAUUACUGUUAACCAAAUUGCCUAUUUAAGGUAUUUGGCCUGAAAUAAUACAAAUAUGAUUACUUGGGUUAUGGACGGCA